AUGCGCGGGAAGUAUCACUUGAGACAGUUACAUAACAGCAACUUUCAACUUCAACUACCCACCAAUUCUCCCAAACUCCAUUUGAAAGAGAAAGACCCACACAUUGUGAAAUGCACCAAAGCCAUCUCUACCCACAUGCGGAAUGGCCACUGCGACUUGGCUCUCCGUGUCUUCGACACCAUGCAGCUUCGAAACUCCGUCUCCUACAACGCCUUGAGGAACGCAGAGUUCUCCCUUGCAAGGGACCUGUUUGACAGAAUGCCCCAGAAAGACUUGUUUUCCUGGAAUCUAAUGCUUACUGGCUAUGCCAGGAACCGCAGACUCUAUGAUUCCCGCGUGCUAAUUGAUUCAAUGCCCGAAAAGGAUAUUGUUUCCUGGAAUGCCAUGCUGUCCGGGUAUGUCCGGAGUGGUCACGUUGAUGAGGCAAGGGAAGUUUUUGAUAGGAUGCCUCACAAGAAUUCCAUCUCCCGGAAUGGGUUGCUUGCAGCAUACGUUCGGAGUGGGAGACUCGAGGAGGCUAGUCACUUGUUUGAGUCCAAGUCAGACUGGGAGUUUAUUUCAUGGAAUUGUUUGAUGGGUGGGUAUGUGAAGAGAAACAUGUCAGGUGAUGCCAGCCUGCUUUUUGAUCAAAUGCCUAUUAGGGAUGUAGUUUCCUGGAAUACCAUGAUUUCAGGUUAUGCACAGGAUGGAGAUUUGUCACAGGCUAGGAGAUUGUUUGAAGAGUCUCCAGUAAGGGAUGUUUUCACGUGGACAACAAUGGUUUAUGCAUAUGUGCAGAAUGGAAUGUUGGAGGAAGCGAGGAGAGUUUUUGAUGAAAUACCACAGAAAAGAGAGAUGCUGUACAAUGCAAUGAUUGCCGGUUAUGUGCAAUACAAGAGAAUGGACAUGGCAAGGAAGUUGUUUGAGGCAAUGCCUUUCCCAAAUAUAGGUUCAUGGAAUAUCAUGAUAAACGGUUAUUGUCGGGAGGGUGAUGUAGCACAAGCUAGGAAUUUGUUUGAUAGGAUGUCUCGGCAUGAUUCUGUAUCUUGGGCAGCUAUUAUUACUGGUUAUGCUCAUAAUGGUCACUAUGAAGAAGCAAUGAACAUGCUUGUGGAGAUGAAACGAGAUGGAGAAGAUUUAAAUAGAUCUACCUUUUGUUGUGCUCUUAGCACAUGUGCUGAUAUAGCUGCUUUGGAGUUAGGGAAACAAGUUCAUGGACAGGUGGUGAAAACAGGAUAUGAGAACGGGUGUGUAGUGGGGAAUGCACUUGUUGGAAUGUAUUGUAAAUGUGGCUGCAUAGAUGAAGCUUACGAUUUGUUUCAAGGAAUACAACAUAAAGAUAUCGUCCCUUGGAACACAAUGUUAGCUGGUUAUGCUAGGCAUGGAUUUGGCAGGAUGGCUUUAAAAGUAUUUGAGUCAAUGAUCACAGCAGGGGUUAAACCUGAUGAGAUUACCGUGGUUGGUGUUCUAUCAGCUUGCAGUCAUAUGGGCUUGACAGACAGGGGUACUGAAUAUUUUCAUUCAAUGGAUAAGAAUUAUGGUGUAAAACCAAAUUCAAAACAUUAUACUUGCAUGAUCGAUCUUCUUGGUAGAGCAGGUCAUCUGGAAGAAGCGCAGAACUUAAUCCGAAACAUGCCUUUUGAGCCAGAUGUUGCAACAUGGGGAGCUCUAUUGGGUGCAAGCCGAAUUCAUGGCAAUAUGGAGCUGGGUGAGAAGGCUGCUGAGAUGGUUUUCAAGAUGGAACCUCAUAACUCGGGAAUGCAUGUUCUUCUUUCAAAUUUAUAUGCAGCUUCUGGGAGAUGGGUCGAUGUUAGUAAAAUGAAAUUGAAAAUGAGGGAAGUUGGUGUUCAGAAAAAAACACCAGGGUAUAGUUGGGUUGAGGUACAUAACAAGAUUCAUACAUUCACAGUUGGGGAUUGUUUUCACCCAGAGAAUGGUAGAAUAUAUGCCUUCGUAAAAGAGUUAGAUUUAAAAAUGAAACAAGACGGGUAUGUUCCUUCAACAAAAUUGGUCUUGCAUGAUGUGGAAGAGGAGGAGAAGAAGCAUAUGCUAAAGUAUCACAGUGAGAAAUUAGCUGUAGCAUUUGGAAUUUUAGCUAUACCGGCUGCUAGACCAAUACGUGUCAUGAAAAACUUGCGAGCGUGUGAAGACUGUCAUUAUGCCAUCAAACACAUAUCCAAGUAUGUCUAUGUUGUGAGACACCUGCAUAUUUGUAACGCACGUUAUAUUUCUACUAAUAGUUGUAGUUAUAGGAGUAAAAGACGAAGCAGAUGCAGCACAUCUUCAUCCACCAUCACCAACUCUGUCAAAGACCCCGACAUUGUCACAUGGAACAAGGCCAUUUCUUCCCACAUGCGCAAUGGCCACUGCGACUCUGCUCUCCGUGUUUUCAACUCCAUGCCUCGCCGCAGCUCUGUCUCCUACAAUGCCAUGAUAUCUGGGUACCUGAGGAACGCAAAGUUCUCCCUCGCAAGGGAUCUGUUUGAUAAAAUGCCCGAGAGGGACUUGUUUUCCUGGAAUGUUAUGCUCACUGGAUAUGUCAGGAACCACAGGCUCGGUGAGGCCCGCAAGUUGUUUGACCUGAUGCCUGAAAAGGAUGUUGUUUCCUGGAAUGCCAUGUUGUCUGGGUAUGCCCAGAAUGGGUUUGUUGAUGAGGCAAGAGAGGUUUUUAAUAGGAUGCCUCAUAGGAAUUCCAUCUCCUGGAAUGGGCUGCUUGCAGCUUAUGUUCAUAAUGGGAGACUUGAGGAGGCACGUCAAUUGUUUGAGUCCCAAUCGGACUGGGAAUUGAUUUCUUGGAAUUGUUUGAUGGGUGGGUAUGUGAAGAGAAACAUGUUGGGUGAUGCUAGGCUGAUUUUUGACCAAAUGCCUGUUAGGGAUGUCAUCUCCUGGAACACUAUGAUUUCUGGUUAUGCCCAGGUUGGAGAUUUGUCUCAGGCUAAGAGGUUGUUCAAUGAAUCUCCAAUUCGGGACGUGUUCACAUGGACAGCGAUGGUGUCUGGAUAUGUGCAGAACAGAAUGGUGGAGGAAGCAGGAAAAUAUUUUGAUGAGAUGCCUGUAAAAAAUGAAAUUUCAUACAAUGCAAUGCUUGCAGGCUAUGUGCAAGACAAGAAAAUGGACAUUGCAAGGGAGUUGUUUGAGGCAAUGCCUUGUCGGAAUAUAAGUUCAUGGAAUACCAUGAUUACUGGCUAUUGUCAGAAUGGUGGUAUAGCACAAGCUAGAAAAUUGUUUGAUGUGAUGCCUCAGCGCGAUUGUGUUUCUUGGGCAGCUAUCAUUGCUGGCUAUGCUCAGAAUGAACACUUUGAGGAGGCUCUUAACAUGUUUGUGGAGAUGAAACGAGAUGGGGAAAAUUCAAAUAGAUCUACUUUUAGUUGUGCUUUGAGCACAUGUGCCGAUAUUGCUGCCUUGGAGUUGGGGAAACAAGUUCAUGGACAAGUGGUGAAAGCAGGAUUUGAGACUGGGUGUUUUGUGGGAAAUGCACUUCUUGGGAUGUAUUUUAAAUGUGGCAGCACAGAUGAAGCUAAUAAUGUGUUUGAAGGAAUAGAGGAGAAAGAUGUCGUCUCUUGGAACACAAUGAUAGCUGGUUAUGCUAGGCAUGGAUUUGGAAGACAGGCUUUAAUUUUAUUCGAAUCAAUGAAGAAAGCAGGUGUUAAACCUGAUGAGAUUACAAUGGUUGGUGUUUUAUCUGCAUGUAGUCAUUCUGGCUUGAUAGACAGGGGAACUGAAUACUUUUAUUCGAUGAAUAGGGAUUACAAUGUAACACCAAGUUCAAAACAUUAUACUUGCAUGAUUGAUCUUCUUGGAAGAGCUGGCCGCCUGAAAGAAGCAGAGAACUUAAUGAGAAAAAUGCCUUUUGAGCCUGGAGCUGCAUCAUGGGGAGCUCUAUUAGGGGCAAGUCGGAUUCAUGGCAAUACUGAACUGGGUGAGAAAGCUGCUGAGAUGGUUUUUAAGAUGGAACCUUGUAACUCAGGGAUGUAUGUCCUUCUUUCAAAUCUAUAUGCGGCUUCUGGUAGGUGGGUUGAUGUUGGGAAGAUGAGAUCAAGAAUGAAGGAAGUUGGCGUGCAGAAGGUAACUGGAUAUAGUUGGGUUGAGGUACAAAACAAGAUUCAUACGUUCACGGUUGGGGAUUGUUUCCACCCAGAAAAGGAUAGAAUAUAUGCCUUCUUAGAAGAGCUAGAUUUGAAAAUUAGGCGUGACGGGUAUGUUUCUUCAACAAAAUUGGUUUUGCAUGAUGUGGAAGAGGAAGAAAAGGAGCACAUGCUCAAGUAUCACAGUGAGAAAUUGGCUGUGGCAUUUGGAAUUCUGACUAUCCCUGCCGGCAGACCAAUACGUGUCAUGAAAAACUUGCGUGUUUGUCAAGACUGUCAUAAUGCCAUCAAACACAUAUCCAAGAUUGUUGGAAGGUUGAUAAUCUUAAGGGAUUCUCACCGCUUUCACCACUUCAAUGAGGGUAUCUGUUCCUGUGGGGAUUAUUGGUAA